AAUUAUUUACGUUCUUGAACGCAACUCCAAACUUCUGCUCCAGAUGAAUUUUCUUCGCUAUAGGCAGACAUAGAGCUUGCGACUGAGAAUUAUAGUAAAGCUCAAGAAUUUCUUUGCCCAAUUGGGGAAACCUAAACAAGAGCAGCCCCAAUUCAACCUUCUUCCAUUCGAAUUAAUUUUUUUGCCGAUUUACCGGCCACGCGAUUCCGAUGAGUUUGGGCCAAUCUAGGAAUGCUGCUCUUCCGCUGCUGAAUCUUGUGAAGCUAAAAGGAGUGCCCAUUUUGCAGCAACUGCAUCUGGAAGAACGCCUGCUACGAACUUCAUCCCAUAAUUGGUGUAUCAUUAAUGACGGAACAGACACACCCACCGUUGUUAUGGGUAUCUCUGGCAAUCCUACUGAACUUCUUGAAAUCAAUUCUGUUUUACGAGACAAGAUACCGGUUAUCAAAAGGUUUACUGGUGGAGGUACUGUAAUAGUUGAUCAUGGGACAAUAUUUGCAACUUUUAUAUGCAAUAAGGAUGAUGUUCCCAACGUACAACCGUAUCCCCGACCUAUCAUGUCAUGGAGCAGCUUAUUAUACAGUAAGGUGUUCCAAGGAGUUGGGGAUUUCUACCUUCGUGAAAAUGAUUAUGUAUUUGGCGACCACAAGUUUGGUGGAAAUGCUCAGUCUAUAACAAAGAACCGGUGGAUCCAUCAUACAUCUUUUCUAUGGGACUUCGAGGUCUCUAACAUGGCAUAUCUGAGUCUUCCAAAGAAGGCCCCUGAUUACAGACAGGCAAGAGACCAUUUGGACUUCAUAUGCCGCAUGAAGGACUACUUAUCCCGGUCACAAUUCAUCAACCGGACCAUCAAUGCAGUCAACUGCCAUUUUUCCGUGAGAUCAAUGGAGCUGGAAGAAGCCGAGCUUUUGUGUGACAUGAAAUUUUCGCCUUCUUCUAGGCUACUUGAAAUGCAAGAAUUGGAGGAGGCAGUUCUUGAGUCCCAGCCUGAGAACCCCAUUUUGCAGUCAUUGUGAUUUUUCAUCUUUCAUAUUUUAGCAAAUAAAUGUUGUAAAUUUAGAACCUUUUGAGGUCCAAGAUCCAACACAAUUUAUAUUAAAAUGUUCAAAAUAUCACAGAAAAUAAACACACACAAAAAUGCUACUACUUGGAGGAUGAAUUAGAACUUAGAAGGAAGAUGUGGAUAAAAAUGUUGUAUGUAGUACUCCUGUACAUUAAACAUUAAGGUCCCUUUUACAACACAAAAGCUCAAAUUCUUGAUCUGAA